AUGGAUAAAUUACUUCAGUGGUCUAUUGCACAGCAAAGUGGCGAUAAAGAAGCCAUGGAAAGAAUCGGUCAGCCUGAUCCAAAGAUGCUCGAGCAACUCUUUGGUGGCCCAGAUGAGCCUACACUCAUGAAGCAGUCUAUUCUCAUUCUUGAUAAUGACGAGGCCACAGUCGAGAACAAGCUUGUAGCUUUUGAGAAUUUCGAGAUGCUAAUCGAGAACUUGGAUAAUGCGAACAACAUCCAAAACAUGAAGCUCUGGCCUUCUAUUAUUCGUCAGUUAUCGAGUCCUAAACUCGAAUUUCAAGUUUUGGCUGCUUCCAUCGUAGGUAUUGCUACUCAGAACAACCCAAACAGUCAAGAGGCAUUCCUUACUCACGAAGAUGGUCUUUCUUCGUUGGUGCGCUUAUUGGCUGAUCCACAAACGCCCGAAUCGCUUGUGAUGAAGACUUUAUUUGCACUCUCGUCCCUCGUCAGAAACUGUCAAGAAGCAUGCGACAAAUUCGUGGCUCUUGAUGGCUGGAAGAUCCUUAACCUUAGUAAAGCUGCUUCCGAACGCCUUCUUUUACGUAAGCUCUCAUUAGUCUCGGCCUUGUUGUCUGGUGGCCUUGACAAUGCCACGAAAGAGCACAUCCAUUCCGACGGUGUUGUUGGCAGUAUUGCCGCAACCUUGAAAACUGAUGGUCACCUUGGAUGUAUUGAGAAAGCUCUCAACAUCAUUUCUACUCUCAAGGCCUCUGGUUAUGACUUUUCAACCGAUGAACUUGAUAUCUUAAACCAAGGAUUGAAGAAUGUUGAGCACGUCGAAAUGCUCUCUACAGAUGAUUUGCGGUCUGCUCAACAAUCUCUUUCCUAG